AUGGACCAAAAUCAGAACCCUAGCCAGAUCCAGCCAGGCCCAGGGCCAAACGACCCUGCUAUCCCACUGAUUUUGUUCCACGAUGCUGGUGGCACAGUCUUUCCGUACUUCUGCCUCGGGGAUAUUAAACGGCCACUGUUCGGCAUUAAGAACCCGCGCUUCGAGCGAGGAGGUCAUUGGGAGCAUGGCCUACGCCAGAUGGGUGUGGUCUAUACACACCUUGUCAGAUCUGCCGUCGCUUCCGGCAAGGUCAUUCUCGGAGGAUGGUCCCUUGGGGGAUGCAUCGCCGUCGAAGUGGCAUCACGACUCAUGAAGUUGCCACAGUAUACAGUCCAGGGCGUCGUGUUGGUUGACAGCGUUUAUCCCACCCCAACCGUCACGACGCAUUACCCACGCACUCUCCCGGAAGUGGUCGCAAGCUUCCAACUCCCGGGGCAAAUGUCAGAUGAGCGGCGUGGUCAGGCGCAGCAAUGCAUCCUGGCUGCGCACGAGAUGCAGCGUGACUGGCGUCCGCCGGCAUUCUCGGAACGCCCUCCCCCGGCAGUCUUGAUCAGAGCAGCGGAUCCGGUUCAUGUAAACGCCGAGCACUCGCUGCAUUACUUUGACCGGGUCAGGGACUGGAAGUACCUAGGCUGGGAAGACUAUGAUACUAGCUUUAUUGUGGCCACGAUGGAUACUCCUGGCAAUCAUUUUACGAUCUUUGAUGGCCCAAAUGCCGAACAUACGACGAACCAAAUCCGUGAAGCUUGUUCUUUAUUGACGGAGCCGCAUCCAUAG